CUGAGAGCUGCCAGCAGGAAUCCGUGUGUUCCAAGCUGGAACAUGUCGUCUGCUAGAGAACUUAAAAGAACCUCAGUGCCUUUGUUCGCCGUGUUUAUGUUUCGGUUCUGUGAUCUCAGGCGGCCGUACUUCAGAUCAGAAUAAAGAGUGGGUUCCUGCCACCUGCACCGGUCGACAUUUUAUCGGAAGAGGCUCCAGGUUGUUCAGGUAAAGCCAUGCCUGUCUCCCUGCUCUGGGCAGUGGACGCGUACGGGCGCGUCUACUGCCUGUCCACUGUGGGACAGCAGUGGGAGCAGAGCCGUAAUGCCCAGAUGGAAUUCAAGCGGGUGACGGCAGCCCAUCUGUGCUGCUGGGGCAUUGCCUGUGACAACAACAUUUACCUGAACGUCCAUGCAUCUGACCUACCUAUCCGCUACCAAGAGCACACCUUCGAAAAUCAGAGAUGGAAUCCUGUUGACGGUUUCUCUGACCGUUUGCUACUAAGUGACCGCUGGCAGUGGAGUGACAUCACAGGCCUGCAACAUCAACACCUGGACAGCUUCCAGCUUCCCUCCAGCAACUGGGAGUGGGAGGGAGACUGGUAUGUGGAUGAAAACCUUGAGGGAGAGCCCACAGAGAAAGAGGGGUGGACAUAUGCCAUGGAUUUUCCUGCCACCUACACCAAAGAAAAGAAGUGGAACUCCUGUGUCCGUCGCAGGCGAUGGCUCCGCUACAGGAGGUACAACGCCAUGGACACCUGGGCUAAGAUCCCCCCACAGCAGGCAGCUCUACCAGAUCCCUUUAGCGACCUCAGCUGUGGAGGCUGGGAGAUCAGUGAGGAUCCUAGUGGCCAGCAGUCUCUUUGGGCCGUGUCCCUCCAGGGAAAGGUGUGGUUCAGAGAAGGAAUCUCUCACCACAAUCCUGAGGGCUCUUCAUGGGUGGAGGUGCCUCUCCCUGGAGAGGUGGUCCAGAUCAGCUGCGGCCCCGUGGACCUGGUCUGGGCUGUGCUAUGGGAAGGGCAACUCAUAGCCAGGGAGGGCAUUAGUCGAGACUGCUCAAGAGGUACUUCCUGGGCAGUGGUGGAGUCUCCCAACCCUGAGGUUGGGGCUAUACAUGUAGCUGUGGGAAUUAAUGUAGUCUGGGCUGUGACCAAAGAUAAUAAAGUGUGGUUUAGGCGAGGUGUGAACUCUCACAACCCCUGUGGUUCUGGAUGGAUCAGCAUGGUUGGAGAAAUGAUCAUGAUCAAUGUGGGACUGAAUGACCAGGUUUGGGCUAUCGGCUGUGAGGACCGGGGAGUUUACUUCAGACAGGGCGUUACUUCCAGUGAACUGAGUGGAAAAACCUGGAAGGCAAUCAGUGUUCCUCGAGAUGGGGAUCGAUCCCACUCCAGUGCCAGCACAAACAGUCUACACAGUGCUGGUUGUUUUUUCUCUGGUGAGGUGCGGGCUCCAUCAGUAGUAAGUGAUGCUGAAUCAGACAGAGAAAAUCCAGCAGGGGAUGCAGUCAUCAGCAAUGUCGCAUUUCCUUGCCCAGACACCUCUGUUGAUGCCCCCAAAAAUGCUUCAUCUGAACUGUGCACUGAACCGCUUAAGUCCCACAUCCCCAAGGUCACAAGCGACAGCUUCAUCUCUGAACUUGUCUCUGACCGAAAACCAACGAAGACAUCAAGAUAUGUUGAAUUGCCCUCUUCUGCUGUUUUGAAGGAGGAGGUCAUCCCUGGUGAAGGAGAGGUUGAUGUUCUGUCCAGUGAUGCUAUUACCUACACUCAGUCAGGUGGUCCUCCUGAUCUCCAGUGGAGUAAUGUAGAUCUGGAGGAGGCACAGAUCCAGCAUGUUCGAACAGGAGCUGUGCCAGACCUCACUGACUCUUGCAGUUUGACAUCAGUGGCAACCUUCACCCUCGCCAUGGAGGACCAGUAUGGGGCAGAUGAGCACCCUCUGUGGGCAUGGGUCAGCGGAGGAGGCUGCUCUGUGGAGUGUCACUCUCAACUUAACUGGUUUAACUGCUCUUUGAACACAUCUGUGCUUCAGUCCAUGAGUCUUUCAGUGUCUCCUGCUCAGACGGCUGCUUGGCGGAAACAAAUCUUUGAGCAGCUCAGCGAAAGGUCCAAGAGAGAAAUGGAUAAUUUCAGACAUUAUGAACAAGCCAUUGAACAGUCGGUGUGGGUAAAGAAGGGACCCUUGCAAUGGUGGAGGGACUGGAAGCCACAUAAGUGGAUCGAUGUUCACUUUGCCCUGGAACAGUUUUCAGGAGCUGAGGGGGACAAGGAUGGCAUAUUAUUUAUUUAUUACAAUUACAAUGAGGAGAAGAAGUACCUUCACGCCUUCAUUAAUGAAGUGACCAUUCUGGUUCCUGUGCUCAACGAUUCGAAGCACACUUUUGCCAUCUACACUCCUGAACGCAUCAAACAGAGGUGGCCAAUAAGAUUAGCAGCUGCCACAGAGCUGGAGAUGUAUGAUUGGCUGGCUUUGUUAAGUGUUUGCUGCAGUGACUCCAGAGGAAUCCACGGUCCUCCGUCCAAACAGGCAAUCUGGUCCAUCACUUGUAAAGGGGACAUCUUUGUUAGUGAGCCUUCCUCUGCCCUCGAAGCCAUGCCUUAUCCCACACCCUGUGAUCAAAUGUUCUGGCGGCAGGUCGGAGGUCACCUGCGUUUAGUGGAUUGUAACAGUCUGGGGAUAGUGUGGGGCAUCGGCUAUGACCACACUGCCUGGGUCUACUCCGGAGGCUAUGGAGGCGGCUUUUUCCAGGGAUUGGCCAGCAGCACAGAUAACAUUUAUACACAGACUGACGUCAAGAGUGUUCACAUCUAUGAGAACCAGAGGUGGAACCCCGUUACUGGCUACUCCAACAGAGGCCUUCCAACAGACCGCUACAUGUGGAGUGAUGCCUCAGGAUACCACGAGUGCACUAGGGCUGGUACAAAACCUCCUUCCCCUCAGUGGACAUGGGUGUCUGACUGGGCUGUUGACUACAGCGUCUCUGGGGGAACAGACAGAGAGGGCUGGCAAUAUGCUGCAGAUUUUCCAGCGUCCUAUCAUGGCUUUAAAACCAUAAAGGACUUUGUGCGGCGCAGGCGAUGGGCCAGGAAAUGUAAAUUGACAACAACAGGACCUUGGCAAGAAAUCCCACCAAUCCCACUGAGUGAUGUCACAAUCCUGCCGUGUGCCGUUCACAGCAGCAUGGAUCCAGUUCCUCUGUGGGCGAUAAGCGACAAAGGAGAUGUCCUAUGUCGACUGGGAGUCACCCCACUGACACCUGCUGGAACCUCAUGGCUUCAUGUUGGGACAGACCAGCCUUUCAAGUCCAUCUCUGUCGGGGCUGCCAGCCAGGUUUGGGGCAUUGCCAGGGACGGUUCUGCCUUCUAUCGAGGGUCUGUCUCAGCACAAAGCUCAGCAGGCGACUGUUGGUACCACAUCCCUUCUCCGGCUAAACAGAAGCUGAAGCAGGUCUCCGUUGGCAAAACAUCAGUUUACACUGUGGACGAAAAUGGUAACUUGUGGUACAGACUGGGAGUGACCCCCAGCUACCCUCAGGGCUCCUCCUGGGAGCACAUCUCAAACAAUGUGCGCAAAGUUUCUGUAGGGCCCUUGGACCAGGUGUGGAUCAUAGCAGACAAGGUUCAGGGCAGCCACAGUCUGAGCUGUGGGACGGUGUGCCAUCGACUUGGAGUCCAACCCAUGGAACCCAAGGGACAAUCAUGGGAUUAUGGCAUUGGGGGUGGAUGGGACCAUAUCACAGUAAGAGGAAACUCCAUGGAGCCACCACACAUCCGUCUUUCCUCUAUGACGGACCCUUCUCUCGCAGCCCCUCACACCCCCCUCCCGGCCAGGAGCACAUAGAUAAUCAUCACCUUGAGCCAUCAAACACCAGGAUACCUUUGUAUUACAUAUAUUUUUAAAGGCACUUUUACCUUUAGGCUUAAAGUUGCAGGCAGGUUGUAGUAUUCAGGCAGUCUGAGCCAAUUAUAUAUUUCUCUAGACAUUCAACUUUUAACCUCUGUGGUUUGUUCUUUGCUAGAGGUGUUUGUAUCUAGUUGCCUAAGCUUGAUGAUCUUGAUGCAUUUUUUUCAGUAGAUGUGAUUCAUUUAUUUUAUGUUGGUUUGUAUCGAACUCCGUUUCGAGUCAAGGUACCGUUAAAAAAAUCAUGUCUUUAAUAAACGAUACAAUAACUUCACAUCACCUUCCCAACAGAUUUUCUGCUGAAUUUAGGCCAUUUUCCUCUCAUAUCACUCUUGUGUUGAUCUGGAUUUAUUCUUGGACAUACAUUUCUACAAUUAUUGAACUACCUUCACCACUCCAUGUUACACAUAUAAUGCUGUGUAUAUUUUAGUACCCAUCUCCUGAUUAAUAUCUUUGUACAGUAGGAUUCUUCUGAUCCUUUGUCACAUCUCUGCAACAUAUGGCUUUAGUUCAAGGAUGCAAAUGAGAAAAUGCCACAAAAAUCCUUUAUUUCCAGGCAAGCAGAUUUAUUAUAAUUAAUAGCAGAUGUAAAUUUAAUUUUAAGGACUGAUUGUUAAAACUGAAUUAAAAGGUUUUAGUUUAA